AUGCGCGGCCUGGCAUUGUCGCAGUGGCGAAGCCGCCGGACGCAAGCACCGAAGAGAUCCUCAAGCAGUUGGCAGACAGAGUCCUUCAAUCUUCGGGCUCACGGAACCUGGCCCAGUUCACGACUUGCUCGCGCCUGGACCUCCCUACGUCCGGUGUACUGGUCAUCGCCCAUGGAAGGGCCGGAUCCCCUGCUGCAAAUUGGCUUCAAGCACAAUUCUCCAGCCGGCUUGUGCGGAAGAGGUAUCUCUGCCUUUGUGUGGGCCAAUCCCUCGGGGAGGUGGGGACCAAGGGUGAGAUCACCACUCCGCUCCUCCUCAAGCGUGGUGAGAGUGUGUCUGGACUAG